AGACUGGCUCAAAAAGUUAACCAAAUCCUCUCUUGAACAAGCCAACCUUGUGCACAUGGCGCGCUGCUCCAUCGCGAAGCCGUUCUGCGCCGCCACGGCGACUCCCCGCCUCUCUCGCCGCCGCCGGCACCUCGCCGCGAACGCCAUCUCCCCGGCCGAGUCCACAAGUAGAGCGCGGCUGCCAGCCCUGAAGAAACCGGCUAAACCGCCACCGCCUCUCCUCUCGCGUCCGAAGCUCCCCGUCCCCAACGACGGCACCACUGCCACCGCCGGCAGCGAGGAAAUCAGCAAGAAGCCAUCUCCGGAAGUAUCUGCCGCGCUCCCGUCCUCGUCCGGCGCCGGUGACGUGCUCCGGUUGAUGGACACGCUCCGCGUCCCGCCCGGCGAGGAGGUCUACAUCUCCCUCCUCAGGGACUGCGCCGACGCCGUGGAGGUCGCCUCCGUGCACGCCCACAUCGCGGUCCAUUGCGCCGCCGGUGGCCUCCCGUUGCCGCUCGCUAACCGGGUGCUGCUUUCUUACGCUGCGUGUGGGGAUAUUGGAGCCGCCCGCCGGGUGUUCGAUGAAAUGCCCACCAGGAACGGCAUGGCGUGGGCGACCAUGGUCUCUGCCUACUCGGAUGGAUGUUUCCAUCACGAAGCGAUGCGUCUGUUCGCCCACAUGUAUCACGAAGCGCGGGAUCUAGCCGGUGAUAGCUACGCCCAUGCUGUUGUGGCUGUGCUGCGGUCAUGUGCUCGUGCAGGCGAACUACGUUUCGGUGAACAAUUACAUGCUUUUAUCAUCAAGAAAGACAGGGUUUGUGGCAAUAUUGGUAGCUCACUGGUACAGCUGUACUGCGAGAGUGCUGGUCGUCAUAGCUGUGCAAAGCAAGUGCUUGUGAUGAUGAUGCGGCACCCUUGCCAGGAACCUGUACCCGAGGCAGCCUGGACGAGCUUGAUCACAGCCUGCCACCGUGACAGCCUACUGAACGAGGCCAUCGACGUCUUCAGGGACAUGGUGUCCACCGGUGUUCCCAGGAGCAGCUUCUCCUUGUCGAGCAUCCUCGCAGUGUUUGCAGAAUCACAGAACCAAGGGUGCUGCGGGCAGCAGGUGCAUGCCGAUGCCAUCAAGCGUGGCAUGGACAGGAACCAGUUCGUCGGCUCUGGAUUGGUACACAUGUACGCGAAGCAAGGGCAGUUGGCAGAUGCCACCAGGGCAUUCGAGGUGAUCAGCGGCAAGCCCGACGCAGCGUGCUGGAACGCAAUGGCCAUGGCGUAUGCUCGUUGCGGACGGUACAGAGAGGCCACGAGAGUCAUGUAUCAGAUGAAAGCUGCUGGGAUGAAUCCUUCUCAGCUAAUGACGGAUGCGGUUAGGUUGGCGUGUUUCAGGCGAACUGCCGGAGGAUGAGUUCCUUGAUCAGUAUGAUCUGUGUAAAAGACAUGAAGUGCAAUAGACAAGGGUUAUGAUGUUCCCUUUCCCCGCUAGUGAGAUGACUGUAUAGUUUAUGACUAACAGUGGUCAGCCUGGUGUACCUUGCGGUCUUCAAAGAUGAAGCAUAUGGAGAGCCCUGGGCGUGACAAUGACAUUCGCUCGAAGUAAUGCCGGCCCUUGUGUUCAUGAAGCAUCAUCUUAUGCACCACUUGGUCAGCAUUGGUGAAUCCUGAUUUCAAUCACAUGUUUCUUUUACCACUUGUAUGGAUCAACGGAGGUUAAUGGUACCACUAAUGCUUCAGUUUGAGGUUCU